AUGCUGUCUUUUGUUUCUAGCUCUGAUUAUCUGAGAUCAGCUGAAAUGACUGAAGUGAUGAUGAACACUCCAGCUAUGGAUGAGAUUGGGCUAAGCCCCCGCAAGGACGGCUUGUCUUAUCAGAUCUUCCCUGAUCCCUCAGACUUUGACCGUUACUGUAAGCUGAAGGACCGUCUGCCCUCAAUCGUGGUGGAGCCAACGGAGGGUGAUGUGGAGAGUGGUGAGCUGAGAUGGCCACCUGAAGAGUUCCUCGUGCAGGAGGAGGAGGAGGAAGAGGAGGAAGAAAACUGUGAGGAUGCAAAGAAGGACAACAAGGAGCAAUAA